UACAUCUACACAUAGUCUAUCUUUUCAGUUCUAUAUGCAAAAAUGUGACAAUAUCUCCCUCUCUCUCUCUAAAUAUACAUCUAUCUAUCUAUCUAUUUAUCUAUCGCUCUACAUUUGAUCGAGUAUGGCAUACGAAAACAACGAAUCCAAUCAUGAAAAUCUUGAUUCAAACUAUGAAGAAGAUGCACCUUUGUACGGGCAGUUCCCGUCUCCUUUCUUUGAUGACAUACCGCAUAACCACCACCAGCAUAAGAAAAGCAACACCACAGACGAGCCACCGCCUUCAACUCCUAAAACUAAACGCGUAAGGAAGAAAAGAAGUGCUGGAAAGACGGACCGGCAUAGCAAGAUCCACACCGCGCAAGGCCUUAGAGACAGGAGAAUGAGGCUAUCUCUCCAUAUCGCUCGCAAGUUUUUUGGUCUUCAAGAUAUGUUAGGGUUUGAUAAAGCAAGUAAAACCAUUGAAUGGCUUUUUUGCAAGUCUAAGGAAGCCAUAGAUGAAGUCACCGAAAGCGUUAAAUCACAAAACACUACACAAAGCGUUGCAGGUAGAGAGAAUAUCGAGAGUUGUGAUCAAUGUCCUGAUUCUGAUUGUGAAGUUGAUUACAAUUCAGGUAUUGAGUUCGAUGCUACUUCAAACAAAGGUGUUAAACAACCGACCGAAAGCGAGCUAUUGGCAAGGGAACUCAGAGACAAGGCGAGAGCAAGAGCAAGAGCAAGAACAAAAGAGAGAAUGAAAUCAAAGCAAGUGUACGAACCAAACCCUAAUGAUGAUUAUGAUCAACCACAAUCAGGGUUUUCAACAAACCCUAAUGAUGAUUAUGAUCAACCACAAUUAGGGUAUUCAGAAAACCCUAAUAAUCCCUACACUGAAGGGUCAUCAAGUUCCCACCUUGAAUAUUCUGGUACGCAUCACUUCUUUGACCCUACACAUCUGAAUAAUGUUGCUCCAAGCUCAUCAGCAUAUUUUUCCGGAUAUGGUUACAACAAAAGUUUCGAAAAUCCUCCUGCUGGUUGGUUAAAUUCAAGCAAUACAUUCUUGGGAUUUCUUGGAGGUUGGGAUUCUGAACAUUUCACAGAAAACUAUGGACAUUAUUAUCCUAAUCUUGCCCCAACCACAGGUGAUGAAUAUCAUGGACAACACUUUAGUUCGGUUGUUAUUCCUCCCCCAUAUAAUCUUAUGCAUUACCAAACUCCAUACCAAAGAGAUUAGCAAGGUUAUGCUGGAAUCACUUGUUGUUUUUGAAUUAUCUUUCUAUAUAUUUCUGUUUGAGCAUUCGAUUAUAAAUGAUAAGAAUAAAGGGAUCGAGCAUCAUGUAUUAAAA